AUGCGACAUUUUCACUCUUUUCUAAUAGAAUUAAACAAAAUUAAUUUUUGUCUCAAACAUAUUAAUCUUAAAAAGUCAAACCCUGAAAAAGAUCUUGAACCUAAUGACCCUGAUAGUGAUUACAAUAAACUUGAUGAUGAUAGUCUGAGUUCUGCUACAGCAACAGAAAAUCUUGUAAUUAAGAAUACAGUAAAUAAUAUUAGCGAAAUUAGUAAUGUUAAUGCUAUUGAGAUUGAUAAUGUAAGUGAGAACAAUGAAAUGGAACCAUUAUUUGUGUGGGAUGAAUCAGCUUUUGUAAAAGCAAAAACAUUAGCAGAUGAAAAAGAAUGUAACUAUGAUGACAAAAUUGAGUGGGAGGAUUUGGAUUAUGAAUCUUCAGAAAUAGCUUUAUCAACAAUAAAGUUAACAGAAAGUUUAAAUUAUCUUCUUGAAA